AGAAUUUGUUGCCAUCCUCACAUGUUUCUUUUUGCACAGCCGUCUCUCCUACACUUGGAUCUGCAGACCGUACGUCCGGACACUUUGAUAUUUCAGAGCUCCAAAUGGAAUCAAAUGGAGCUUGCGAGGCCUCUCAGACCAAAUGGACCUCAUGUUUACACACGUGUCCAUCAUCCGAGGCCUCAGGUAUCCAGAGAGAUGGUGAGAUGUCCCCAAAACCAAAGGCACCGCGUCUGAACCUAACCAGCAGGAGGACGCCGGCAAACUCUCCGGGACUCGAGCACGGCGGCUCCGGCUCCUUCCUUCCCUGCGAUGAGCUGCAGAAACCCUCGCACCUUCCUCCUCCUCCUCCUCCUCCUCUGCCUCACCGUCUCAGCCUGCGCGGGGAUCUGUACGCAGCAGCCAUGGGGAGGUUCGGCGACGGCGCGGCGGACUUUACGCACGGCUCCGCGCCGGCAAACCCGCCCGGCUCUCCGUCCAAACACAGCAAGUUCUUGGACAGUAUAAACCCGGAUCAAAAGGGGGCAGCGAUAAGCGGGAAACCGGCGUUUUAUGAAAACAACACGGAGGUCAGAGAGAAAGGAGCUCCAAAACCCCUGAGCUAUCCUGGGAUUGGCUCAGACUGCUGUGGGAAGCUGAAGGAGCCGGGCAGCGGUUUACAGGGAGACUCCAUCGCUGACUCCAUCGAUUUAUCGGGCAAGAACAAGAAGCGACGUAAUCGCACCACCUUCAGUACCUUUCAGCUGGAGGAGCUGGAGAAAGUGUUUCAGAAGACGCACUACCCAGAUGUGUACGCCCGGGAGCAGCUGGCGCUCAGGACGGAGCUCACCGAGGCUCGGGUUCAGGUCUGGUUCCAGAAUCGUAGAGCCAAGUGGAGGAAACGGGAACGCUACGGGAAGAUCCAGGAGGUCCGCAACCACUUUGCUGCUACAUAUGACAUUUCUCUUCUCCCUCGCCACGAUACGUACCAGAUGCAGGGCAACCUGUGGCCGACGGCGGCUUCAGGAGGAGGCGGCGGUUCAGGUGCCGGUUGCGUCCUCGGAGCCGACUCCAUCCCCUCGUCCUGCAUGAGUCCGUACCCCCACCCCCACAGCAACCUGCAGGGCUUCAUGGGCAUGCCCGCCUCCCCCAGCCACCCGCACCACCACCACCCACCUCACCAUCCAGGCAUCAACGGCCUCUACUCGCUCCACAGCUUCCCAGGAGGCCUCGGGUCCCACUCCAUCGAGGGGCCUGAGGCUGAAUACAAGCCGACUGGUCUGGUGGCGCUGCGGAUGAAAGCCAAAGAGCCGGGCAGCAUCCUCUCCUGGCCGACAUGACCACAACAGUGCCAGCUCCCCAUUAUGCACUGACUGAGCCAAAGCAUAUAACAUUCCUGUCCCAGAUAUACACCCCCACCUCGGCAUAUGACUCAAAUAUUCCCUCGUCGCAUUUAUGUAAGCCAACCUGAAGACUUUCCACAAUUCAGAAUGUUUGGGAACAGGAAUCUCAUCGACAUUAAGGAGACAAGUUGAGCACGAAACUCAGCGUACUUACAAGAAGUUCCUUGUUUCCAGUUUUAGUUUGAUAUCAAAAUGCUGACACCAAAGAGGAAGACUUAUUUAAGCAUGUAAAGCAAAUCUAAUUGCCAUAUUAUUCCCUGUCAUAAAGACAUGUCACUUUGUCCUUUAUAGUGUGACCUAUAAUAAAGGCCUCCGUCUACAUCA